GGGCAUGUGGGUCCCCCUCUGACAGUGGCCAGGUCUGGCGCGACACACGCACAGAUGGCCAGGUGGCUGCGGGACUACCUGGGCUUGGGCGGUCGGAGGCCCCCUCCGCAGCCGCCCGCCCCGGACUACACCGAGAGCGACAUCCUGAGGGCCUACCGCGAGCAGAAGAAUCUGGACUUCGAGGACCCCUAUGAGGACUCAGACAGCCGCCUGGAGCCCGACCCCGCCGGCCCCGGGGACCCCAAGGGUCUCGGAGACGCCAAGUACGACUCUCCCAAGCACCGGCUCAUCAAGGUGGAGGCUGCCGACAUGGCCAGAGCCAAGGUCUUGCUGGGCAGCCCCGGGGAAGAGCUGGAGCUUGACACGGAGUACUCAGACCCCUUUGACGCCCAGCCUCCCCCGCCACCUUCAGAGGAUGGCUACAUGGAGCCCUAUGACGCCCAGCGGGCCGUGAGCGAACUGCCGUGCAAGGGGGUGCAGCUGUACGACACUCCCUAUGAGGAGCAAGACCAAGAGCCAGGAGAUGGAGCCCUUUCUGGAAGGAGACCUCGCCAGAGCCGGCUGCCUCAGGAAGACGAGCGGCCAGCGGAUGAGUAUGACCAGCCCUGGGAGUGGAAGAAAGAUCACAUCUCCAAGGCGUUUGCAGUGCAGUUUGACAGUCCCGAGUGGGAAAGGACCGCAGGUUCAGCCAAAGACCUCCGGAGACCCCCAUCCAGGAGCCCCCAGCCCGCAGAGCGCGUGGACCCGGCCCUACCCCUGGAGAAACAGCCGUGGUUUCAUGGCCCACUGAGCCGGGCAGAUGCCGAGAACCUCCUGUCUCUCUGCAAGGCAGGCAGCUACCUCGUGCGGCUCAGCGAGACCAGUCCCCAAGACUGCUCCCUGUCCCUCAGGAGCAGCCAGAGCUUCCUGCACCUGAAGUUCGCGCGGACCCGAGAGAACCAGUUCGUGCUGGGUCAGCACAGCGGCCCCUUCGCCAGCGUGCCAGAGCUGGUCCUGCAUUACAGCUCCCGGCCGCUGCCUGUGCAGGGCGCCGAGCACCUUGCCCUGCUGUACCCAGUGGUCACGCAGAACCCCUGA